AUGGCAGCAGCCGGCGCUUCGGAAGUGCUAAGCAGUGCGUACUUCAAAUCAAUGCUGGAGAAGCUGGACGCCAUGAAUUCUCAUUCAGAUUCGCUUGUUCGCUCCGCUGAAGCGAGCCUUUUGCAGUCCUUCGACCAGGAAGCAGAGCGCUCUUCAGUCCUUCUCCUUGAGCUACGAUCUCCUGUUGAAGUAGUGUGGCCGGAUCUAACGUCACUGUUGGAAAAGUUGAGGACAGGGAGGUGCCUAUCAUACAUGAACGGGACGCGGCUAGUUGGGAGACCUGUCACCGUCGUGGUUUCAAGCGAAAAUUUAUCUUACCUGGAUCGAACCAACCUGGCCGAGUCAGACGUCAUCUUCUUUGACACCUCACUGGAAUCGUUGACUAGAGCGCAUCCAACAGAAGGUGGUGACGAAACCGAUGGCGACAACCAAGCCGCAGCUCAUGGUACAAAAGUCUUUCUGGCAAGGAACUCGACAACAAGGACUGUCAUGGCAACUGCCGAUUUCCAAGCAUCUGUCGGCCUCCCCCGUCGGGGCCGAUUCUCCAAAGAGCAGAUUCAGUUGGUUCGGGCGCAAGUGCGUGCUGCUCACCAGCAUGGACUGCUGGCCCGGUAUACCGGCAUCAAGUGCCAUCCGCGACGAUUACGCAGGUUGAUCUUGCGAGUACUAGCCCAGGAAGGGGUCGAUUUAAUUGAGAAUGACCAGAAUGAUUGUGAGCGACCGUGGUAG